GCAAGAUGGCGACCGUGUGUUCGGAUAAGACGGACAGUCUGGACUCGAGCGGCUCCGGGGACCAAAUUAAAGCUGUUUUACGGCGAUGCAGGGGUCGACCCAGACUGUCGGACUCAGACAGAGCUCAGAGGAGACUCGAGUCGCGAAAGAAGUACGACGUCCGGCGGGUUUAUCUCGGAGAGUCGCACAAAAUUUGGAGUGAGCUGCGCCGGCGGACCAGCCUGAGCGACGCCGGACUGGCCGAGUAUUUAAUCCUGCUGAACUCGGCCUACGGAGAGAGAUACCAGCAGAAAUACGGCGCGAAGAAGACCACGCCAGAGCUGUGCAGAAACCAGAAAAAAGGGAAAAAGGUGGCUGUCACCAGUUUGCACAGCUUAGUGAGCUGGUACCAGGAGCACUGCCAGACGUGUCCUCAUGAGCCUGAACUGCGCGCAGUGGAGCCAACACUGGGUCUGUCCACCUCUGUGCUGUGGCAGUGUGAUGCUGAACAUUCUUUUGUACAGCACAUCUCGUGGGCUGCAGGAGGUGCUAGUGAGUCUGAGGACGAGGACGACGCUAGGGAGGAGCCUGAAGAAAAAAGGGCUGUUGAGACUGCUGCAACAGCUGGUGGCCUCAGUCCCAGGGCUAGUCAAAGAGCGCUAAACCAAAGCCAACUGUCAGAUGCACCAGACGAGUUGGAGAGUGCCACAGCACAAGUGUCAGAAGUGGCCCGUCAGAUGUGCUCCACAGCUUUCAGUCAGCUCCCAGGAGCUCCUGUAGCUGACAGGCUCUCCAUCACAUCUUCUCAGUCACUGGUGAACCAGGCCACCUGGGAGGUGGGCGUAGGACUAGAGGGGGAGCCAACUGUGUCUGAGUCUGAACACAUAGCUUCAGACCAGGACCUGGCAACAGAAAGAUUUCCUACCGAGGCAACCGACCUGAAGACCGAAACUGCAGGAAGGGGCAGGGCCGUGACAGAGGAUUACGAGUGUGUGGUGGUCACAGCAUCUUUAAUGGACAACCUGGAGGGAUCAGAUGGGGACAGUCAUGUGAGAGGGGGUGUGGAGGAAGGCGAGGCCCACACACUUUCAGAAAGCACAGGUCACACACCAAUGGCAGCUGCCCCAGUGCAGGGGGAACUGUUCGAGACCCAGGCGCUUCAGAGUGUGGUGGGCAGCUGUGAGCUGCCAGACCAGCGGGCCACAUUGGAAGGAUCUCAGCUUAUCAUAAUCACAGGUCCCAGCUAUGAAGCUCUAACAUCUGAAGGCAUUCAGCUCAACAUGGGCAGCGGAAGUGUGGAGGAAGUCACCUGCACAGUGAUUGAUGGUGUGGCCUAUAACCAGAUGUGCCAAUCAGGAGCAGUGCUCCGAAGCAGCAUACCAGAGACUGAUAACAUCACAGAUCUGAGUGAAAAGCAGCUUUUGGAGCCUAGUGAGGAAUCACACACUCAGAAAGAUUUGCAGCGCUCUCCCAACAGAUCUUCUAAGAGAAGUCGGCGGGGUCCUGUCAUUGAAGCGGAUGGCAUGCUGAAGAUGUUUCAUUGCCCAUAUGAGGGCUGCAGUCAGGUGUAUGUGGCCAUCAGCAGCUUCCAGAAUCAUGUGAAUCUGGUGCACAGGAAAGGCAGGACAAAAGUAUGCCCACAUCCAGGCUGCGGGAAGAAGUUCUACCUCUCCAACCAUCUACAUCGGCAUAUGAUCAUCCACUCAGGAGUGCGAGACUUUAUAUGUGAGACAUGUGGCAAGUCCUUCAAACGCAAGAACCAUUUAGAGGUGCACAGGCGCACUCACACAGGCGAGACACCGUUACAGUGUGAAAUCUGCGGCUACCAGUGUCGGCAGCGGGCCUCCCUCAACUGGCACAUGAAGAAACAUACACCCGAGGCUCACUACAACUACACUUGUGAACACUGCGGAAAGCGCUUUGAGAAGCUUGACAGUGUCAAGUUCCACAAACUCAAAAGCCACCCAGACAAACAGACUACCUGAGAGGAAAGGCAAGACAGAUGGAUUUAGAAAAGGGCUUCUGCCAGUGGCAGUUUUAACUAGGCCUGUGGUUGAUGGUCAAAGUCUCCUGUUUGUGCACUUAGUUUUGUGUGUGGUAAAAGUUUAAACAUGCUGAUGACUAUUUAUCAAGCCUAAAUAUUGGCUUGAAAAGGAAAUUGUUGCACAGAAUGACUGGAAUGACUGAGGCAUAAAGCAGGUCAGGAACAAGGAAAGCACGAAGGAAAGACCUUAGAACCAGCAAGUAUGGGUCAAAAGAGCUUAAUAAGUGAGAUUUAAACCAAUGAGUUUGUAUCCUUGUUGUACGUAUGUGUUGUUUUUUGCUGUGCUGGACGCAGCUUCCAUGGUUGAAAGUUCCGCCCUGCCCAGCGCGGGGUGUCGGGUAUUUUUUUCAUGUCUUUUCGUAUCAUCAUUUACGUUGUGUUUUGUCCCACUCUGUGGCCCAUCAUGUAAUCUUUAGUGUUGAUUGAAAGACAGAUCCUCAGAAAACCUCUCAAGAUGGUUGUUGGAGACUGCUAACCCCAAGCUGCUGUAUUCAAAAUGUACCAUCAUAGAUACAGAGAACUAUGUAAGUAAUUGGAAAGUGACCUUUUUUAUCAUUUUGGCUCUGUAUGUCAGUGUGUUGGAUUUUAAUGAGGUGAUGACUACAAGGUUAAAGUGCAGAGUGUGUCAGCUUCAAGAGUGCUAGCAUCUGUACUGGGUGUACUGUUUUAUACUUACGGGCUUAAGUAAUUGGCUGCUCACUUGUUUUGUCACUAGCUGUGUGUCAUAUCAUUACUUCCUGCACAUCAGGGCUAAUAGGUGUGGGGAACUGAUUCUAGGUCUGGAGCCUGUUUGUAUUGGCUUUCAACUGGCCAAUGCCAGUAAAGCAGACUGAAAAAUCAUACUAAAUUAGUCAAACGCAAAGCCAAAACACUGUUUUAAAAUCAGCUCUACUUUAAGCUACAAAGACAUCACACUGGUGAAAAACAUGUUAAAUUGUCCAACUUUUUAUGGUCCCCUGAAAUGUGGAGAAGUAUGUAUAAAAAGGGCUGCAUUUCUUUUAUGUAUUUACUAUAGUAUUCAUUCAGCAUAGUGCUGUUUCCAAAAUGGUUCAUUAUACACUAGAUAGUGUUUGAACUGACUGGAGAAAGACAAUGGAAUAACCAUAAGAUUUAUCAUUACGAAUUCAAAAAAUGCUGCUACAUGGCUGACACACUAUAUAGUGCAAUGUUUCUCAAAUGGGGACCCGUUUCAAAGAGUUCAAAUGUAAAUAAGCUUAUGUUAAGGCUGACAUUCUGCACUUUUAACUUUUAAAAGAAAAUGAUUACUCACAAAGUUAAAUAUGCUGGAGUAAACAACACACCAAAGCAAAAGUUAUAGCUGUCCAAAUGCUUAUGACUUUUAUUGACUUGCUGCCCGUUUCAACACUAUUUUUAACAAGCCCUUGCCAACUUGGCCUCAUCAUUUACCCUCUGAGAGAUCCCUGGCGCCAUCUUAAGGGCCGUUCCAUUUCUAUAUUAGCACAAGUGGAGUUUCAAAUGAGCCCUUCAGUAAACACAAGUGUCGACUUCAGCAGUAGAAAUUGUAAAGAAAUCAUUUAUUAUGCAAGUCAUUUCCCAUUUUUGAGUCUGAAAAAUGACUGACAAAGCUGUUUAUAGCAAUAAAAUAAUUUAAAUGCUAAAAACAUUUAAAAACUAUAACAUUUGAUUUGCUAUGUUUAAACUACUCUUUCUAUUAGAAGUCUAUCAUUCUGAUUCAACUUUUGCUCUGCUAGCUUACUGUUUAGCUAGCUAAAGGCUACACCGCUAGCAACAACAAACAAUAAAGGUCAUAUACUAGUUAAAAAAAAAAAGCAAACAUCACCAAACAAAGCAGUUUUUUACACAGUGUAUGUACAUUAUGUUCAGACUUCUCAAAAAAAAACGUUCUGCAUUAUAAAGUUUGCAUGGCUAGAUAAUUAGCUCACUGUGGCUAACCUAGCCAAGGCAAGGUCUUUCUAGGAUAGUCUGUCCAUUUGCUGGCCAUCUUGGCAAUGCCCCAAGCAGCAUGUCCAGUCAUACAAGACCAAGGGCUGUGUUAUAGACACAUCUUAACUCUGAAAUAUUAUCUGUUUAGUUACCAUGACAACUUUAGACUGAAUUUAGGACAGCUAUUACGGAACAGCAGUUCUUAAUCUUAUUCUAACUCCAGGUAAGAAAGCAGUCUUACAGAAACAUCCUAACUAGACGAAAUUUCCUAAAUACUGCUCUAACUUUAACACAACCCCAGAGCUGGCUUAACUUCUGUUUUAACCAUCCGUUUCUAUUGUUUUUAGGCAAUUGUUUACUAUAAUUAGCAUAAUGACGUUACAUUCAUUUACAUUUCAAAAUGGUGCUUGUGAGAUGUUUUGUUUUCUAUCUCUGCGUUUUAAAAAUCACAGACACUGCAGACACAAUCUCCACCGUCCCCUCUUAUCACCUUCUUGUGUUAAUGUUGAUGAGGACUUCUCAGAUAAAAUAUCACAGUGAUGGUGGUGAAUAAUGAGGAGACAGAGCUGAACCUGUGUCUGUUUAUUAGCAGGAAUAACGUUAACAUGGUUGGCUAAAGCGUCUGAGAAAUGGAAACUGAAACUGGGGUGGCGGUGCUAUGAUAAACAGCAGGGGGAGCACUCACAGUAUUCUUAAUCUCUAGUUUAUUGCACUUCAGUUUUGUCCUUUUUUAAUGUCAGUGACAGCAGCUGUAACUUACAUUUUUAACAUUAUAUUUGUUACGUAUUUACACAUCAGUUGUGCGCCUGUUGUUGGUUUCUAGGUAACAGACAUGAUAGUUGAUUGUCAACUUUGAUCAAGUAGGUUAGGAUUUCCUAACUUAAAAUGCUGUAAGAUGAGAAGAUUUGCUUCUGUAAUGCAAAUUUGUGAAAAAAACGUAUCUUGAGCUGUCAGAUUUUAAGACAAAGGAUAAUACAGCCUCAGGUUCCUGUCUCUUUGAAUAGGGAGAGACCUAUAAACCCAAAACUGAAAGUUACAUUACUGUUUCAAAACAUGUUUGAAGUCACUGGCUGCUAUGCAUGCGCAUAUCUCUACGACUGAGGGCUUUUCCCCACUUGCUGCUUAACCAGUAAGCCCCUUGUUUGUUUCCCUAUACACAGACAACCAUGUUGAGCGUUAUAAGCUUCCCAAUUCAUUUUCAAACCUGUGAACUGUCGCCUCCUCCUUUAUGUCUCUAGCCAAGGGCAAGUAUUGAAACAAGGCCUAACAGUGAGCGGGGCUUUCAUUUAUUGUUAUCAGUGUUAACAUUUCAGCAUAACCCCUUUAAGGAAUUGGUAUUUAUAUAAGAUUGUGAUCUAAAAUUCUUUUUAAUUGAAUUCAUUGUGCUUUCAGGAACUUUAGUGUAUUCUGGCCUUUUUAGGCACUUGUAGCUCCUGAACAGAAGCUGUUGAAGAGUCUCAUUUAGACUACCUUACCUUAAUAGUGACUUAAUGUAUGGUUUACACCCUUUUUAAAUAUACACUAAAAAUAUAAGAAGGCCGAAAUAUUGUGUGUUCUCCAGGGGUGAGAAGCCUCUUGCUUUUCCUUCAGUCUUUUGCUAGGUGUGACACUGUUAUCCAUGGCCCCUUCAAAGUGUUGGAUUCAUUUACCUACAAUGAUACACUUCUCACACACGUCUCAUUGUUACACCCCUGCAGAGCAGGUUUUCUAUUCUAUUCACAAGAAAGCCCACAUUUACCUUUUUACUCCCACCAGUUCCCAGAAAAGGAUCUGUAUUGUUGACCUCAUAAGGAACUGACUGUAUUAAAAUACAAUGCUCAGGGAAAACAGUCUCCCACUGUUACUUUACAGUGUACUUUCUUUUUCCGGAUCCUUCAGUUUGGAUCAUACAUCUGAAUUAUUUGUGCUGUUUCUAUGACGGUUUUAAAAUGCACAUCAACUCAUUUUUAGAGCAGAGUUGGUAGUUUGCAGUCAGUUAACUUUUCGGUGUAUUAUUUUCCGUUAUGUUAGUUUACAAUGGAAACUGUAAAAUAUUCUGUUAAGAGAUGAUGAUGAUGCUGAUUAUAUAAUGUUAAAAGGAGCAGAUUUGUUGGUGACAAUGGAAAUAAAAGGUAUUGUUGACU